AUGGUUCGGAUCCAGACCAUCCGCGAGCGCACCAGAGGCUCACCGCGACCUGCUUCGCAGGGGGAGGGCGUGCAGCGGCUCCUGAAGACACCGCGGGUCUUCCAGCGCUGCACGGACGUGAGGCACCUCAAGCGCAACGAGUUGCGCGCCAACCUGCUGCCGUGCAUCCUGCAGACGGGAGACACCGCCGAUUGCACAGAUGAGACCGUGGAGCGGUCGGAGAAAUACAAGUACUACAAGAGCAGCUUGGGCUCGCGCGACACGGAAGCUGAUGAUCGAGCGCUGUCCGAGUGGGAUCCGGCGCGGCAGGCCGCGCAGGCUUGCACCCAUCUCCGCGACUUGGCCGAGGAGAGAUGCAGGCUGCGCCCCGUGGAGGAGUUGGUGAACACCAGCAGCAACCUGCCCUUUGUGCACAAGGAUCAAGAUGCGGACUUGGAUGAGCUGAUGAACGCACUCACCGUGGAAAUUCAGAAUCUGGAAACACGGAGAGGAAAUCAAUCCUUUACCAGCUUGCAGAUUGCCUCACGUGUGCCCCUCCUGGUGAAGGAUCCAGAUGGUAUCAGCAUGGAGACACAGUGCCUGCCAAAUGAUGUCCAUACGCUGCGCCUGGAUUUGAGCCCCAAAGAGGUGAGGCACAUUGCCUACAAUAUGAAGAGCCGGCACUUGAAAGGCAGCGCCCUUGAGCGGCGCCUGGUGGCGGUGGUUGACCCGGAGCACUCGACGCUGGCUUCGUUGGUGCGGUCCCUUCGGGAGAGGGAGACGAAUGCCGAGGGCCUCGUUUCCGUGCUCAACGACCUCUUGCGGGAGGUCGCGAAGGAGUUGCCGACAGACCUCAAGUCACCGGCACUGGAGCGGAUGCAGACCAUAUUGGCGGAGCCGCGGCGAACUCUCACUCGGCUUCUCUCCGUUUCAGAUCGCCUGGCAGCCCUGGCUCAGCCGCUGGUGGCUUCCCUGGCCCAAGCCAUCGAUCGCAUGGCGCUGAUCUGCGUCCGCGAGGUGGAUCGGCUCGCGAGCUUCUGCCAUGCGGAGUUUGAGAAGCUGCUGAGCGCGCUUUAUGCAAGCGAAGAGGCACGAAAAAGCGCCGACGAGUUUGUGGAUCGGCUCAGCGGGCGAAAUGUGGGCAAAGAUAUGCACAGCAGGCUGAAAAACAUGGAGAAUGAGCUUCAUCUGCAAGCUCGCUCGCACGCGAAGCUCAUCGAGGAAAGAAACCAGCUGGAGGCAAUGCUCGAGGAAGAGGCUCAUGCUGCAGCUGCGCUGAGAGUAAAAGUGAAGGAGCUAGAGCAGGAGAUGAAGUAUCGCCGACAGCAAGCGUGGAAAGCUGGCUCAAGCCCUCGCAGCCCGUUGCGGGGUCACGCCAAGUCAGACGACUCUGUCGACGCUGAUGACAUUGAUGAGGGGCGUUCGGCAGCGUCGUCCGUGAAGCAGAUCUCUCCUCCGCUUGCUUUCGCGGUGAGCGAGUCGGUUCAAACAGAGACCGAGUUCUACUUCUGCAAAGAUGAUGACCUUCCGGAGCCUGCUGAGAUGAGUUUUCAUCAGCAUGCCGACGCGCUCUGGACAGUAUCUCGACUUUUCCGUUUGCUGUGCAAAUACGAGUGGAAUGACAAGACUGCCAGCUUUCUUCACAAGAGUGGUGAGGAUUUGAGCUCCGAGGAGGAGCCAAUGCCACGGCGACCAUCUGGACCGCGCAGACCCUCGCUUCUGGCAGGAGGUGGCAGCGGGGGCAGUGGAGACAGAGCGGCAGAGAUUCGGCGACUGAAGGGAAAAGUGGAAGCCGCCCACCAGCAGGCAGCCACGGCGCAGCUCAAGGAGCAGGUGGCGUGCUUGCAACUCUUGGUCAAGAGCAACUUUGACUCCUGGAUGUCCAAGAUGCUGCAGGAGGCUGGGUCGAGCCACGUGUCUGACAAGCUGCCAAGUCCAGACAAGCUUUUCGCAGCGGUUAUGGAAGUGACACAGACAGGAGGUCUGCAACGUCGAAUCCGCGAGCUGGAGGACAACCUGAAGCGCCUUAUCCCCAUGUCCGAUCGUUUGAGGCAGAACGAAGGCGGCGACUCCGGAUUCUGGAAGCGGAUCAUGCGGGCGGUGCGCCACAGCAUGACAGCACGGCGAGGAUCUUCUGCGAUGAAAGGAAAGGCGAUUCAGAGAGCGAAUUCCAGCGCGAAGGUGGUGCAGAUCAACAGCUUGGCCAGGCUUCAUGGCGAGCUGGCCUUGGUCUGGCAGGCCAUCCCGCCCAAGGCCGCGAAGCUGGCGGCAGGAACGCUGCUUCUGCGACCAAUGGCUCCGCAGGCCUUGCAGGAAGCUCUGAAGAACUUCUACUUGAAGUCUUGCGGCCGGCACAAGCAGGUGGAGAAUGCGAUCUUCAACCUGUGCCGAGCAGUGUUGCAGUUUGCAAGCAGCUACAAGGUGCUACUCUUCGCUGUGAUGAGUGAUAUCAUACCAGUUGGGGAGCUGAACGAUCGCCUUCCAAAGGUGGUCAACGACAUUUCGCCGUAUGGACCUAGUCUGCAUGUGGAAUACCUGGGAAACCUACCCUUCGACGCUGCUCAAACGAUGAAUGAGUUCAUGCUUGCCUUGAAGAACAUCAGGAGAUCAAGGCAAUUCGUUGGAUCUCAUGACGGAAGCUUUGAGAAGAUCCAGAUGGGUGGGAGCGAGACAGAGCGAAGAGGCCCAGAACUUGAGAAAGAGGAUGCCCUGCUGCCCGUGCCGCUCAUUCUCGCAGCUGGCCAUGCCACCAUUUGCAGCCGCAGCAAGUUGACUGCUCGCUGCUUCAACCUCUUGGUGUUGGGAUAUGCGCGGCGCCCCAAGUUGCUGCAAAAUGUAGAGGAUGCAACGGAGGCUGAGGUGAUCUCUACGGUGUCUCAACAGCGACCUGGUUCCGGGAAAUCGGAGGGCUCCAUUUCGUCGAGCAUGAGCUCAUCCUCAGGAGGAGUGGGGGAGGUGGAGGAGGCGCAGAUGCCUGCCAAGGCGUUGCUUGUUUCUCACCUCAUAGCUGCUGACCGAAUGCGACGCCAUCCAGAUAUGUGGGAGGAAACCGCCUACUUUGUGGACAGCCUGUGGGAGGCGAUCAUGAAGACGGUGCGCAAGAAGAACCGGGAGGCAUCUCGGCUCUCAGUGCUCCAAUCGCUCCAAGAACUAGGUCAAAUUGAGGAAGCGGCGGCGGAAGUGGCAGCGCAGGUGACCGUGGAGCGCUUUCGCCUUCAGGUCCCGGAGAUUCUGGUGGCGGAGACUCUUCUGGCGAUGAAUCCGGAUGACCACAAGAUCAGCGAGGGCAAGGUCUCAAAAGAUGCAGUGAACAACUUGAUGCGUCUGUGGCAGCAGUGUGGUGGGGCCGCCAGCAUGUGCCUCCUGGAGAGCCACGCGCUCUGGUCCACCCUCUGGGCCAUGGCCCUGGAGCGCGCCUACGAGGUGCAGCUCAUGGGCAAGUUCUUCGACAUCUUUGACGAGUCCCGGGAUGGUUCGCUCCAGUAUGACGAGUUUGUAAACUUCAUGGCGCACAUUGCGCCCGCGGUCCCAGAGGCGGACUGCGCGUCACUCUUCAUGGCCGUGGCAGAAGACACCUCCGCUGAUAUGACACAAGAGGUCUUCCUGAAUCUGGUACAACGAGUUGGCGUGUCCUCUGACCUGGAUGGCCUGGAGAAUCUGGUGAAGACUCAUUCAGACAAGGCACCCACUCAGCCAGAGCCGGGAAUGCGGAUGGAGGAGGUGGACGAAGUUGAGGUCACUUGCGAUGUUGCGUGA